CUGGAGGUGUUCCUCGCUGGAGCCAUCACCGGAGCCCCCCAGGGAAGGCUGUGCCCGGGGCACUGGGGCUGCUCAGCCCCUGGCAUCGCUUCCCGGAAGGCAGCACGUGUUUUGGGGCUAUUUCUGCCUCGCUGGAGUGCCGCGGGCGAGGGAAGGAGGCGAGAGCACAGGACGGAAUUGGAGCACAGAUGGACACGGGCUGGCGGGCUGCCCUGCCUUGGCUUCACUAGACCCUCCCGGGAUGUGGCCGCGGCGGGGCUGAGCGGCCGGGCCGGGGCCGCGAUGGACGGCCCGAGCGGGGGCUGCCCGCCCGCCGCCCCGCUGCGGCCGAAGCUGCCGCUCGGCAUCGUGUUCUCGACGGCGCUGUUCUGCGGGGAGAGCGCGGCCGCCGCCGUGCUCUGCUUCUCCUACAGCCACUCCGACGACCGCUUCUGGCUGGCGCUCACCAUCUUCUUCAUGCUCUGCCCGUCCGUGCUGGUGCAGCUCACGCUCAUCUUCGUGCACCGCGACAUCAGCCGCGACCGGCCCCUCAUCGGGCUCAUGCAUCUGCUCCAGCUCGGGCCCAUCAUCAGGUGCAUGGAGGCUCUGCUGGUGUACUGCUGGUCGGGGAGGCAGGAGGAGCCCUACGUCACCAUCACCCGCAAGCGGCGGCUGCGGAAGGGCUACGAGGUGGAGAUGGAGCAGGAGAUGGGUCACUCGGAGCGGCGCCUGGCCACGCACCGCAACGCCUUCAAGCGCAUGGCGGUCAUCCAGGCCUUCCUGGGCUCCACGCCGCAGCUCAGCGUCCAGCUCUAUAUCAGCAUCCUGGAGAAGUACGUCCCUGCUGCCCGAGCGGUCCUCAUGGGCAUCUGCCUCGUGUCAGUCACCUACGGAGCCCUCGUCUGCAACGUCCUGUCCAUCCAGGUCAAGUACGAUGACUACAAGGUCCAGCUGCGGCCGCUGGCCUUCCUCUGCAUCGUGCUGUGGCGCAGCCUGGAGAUCUCCACGCGCGUGGCCGUCCUCGUGCUCUUCAGCACCGUCUUCAAGCACUGGAUCAUCCCCAUCGCCCUGGCCAACCUGCUGAUCGUCUUCUUCAUGCCUUGGGUGCAGUUCUGGCGCAGCGGCACCCGCCUGCCCGACAACAUCGAGAAGAACUUCAGCCGCGUGGGCACCGUGGUGGUGCUUUGCGCCUUCACCCUCCUCUACGCCAGCAUCAACAUGUUCUGCUGGUCAGCCGUGCAGCUCAAGCUGGCUGAUAGGGACCUCAUUGACAAGUCCCAGGACUGGGGCCGCUUGGCUGUGUACUACGUGGCACGGCUGAUGGAGAACACGGCCCUCGUCGUCCUCUGGUACUUCUUCAAGACGGAUGUCUACGAGAACGUCUGCACGCCGCUGCUGGUGGUGCAGCUGCUCCUCGGCUACUGCCUGGGCAUCUACUUCAUGCUCCUCUUCUUCCAGUACCUGCAUCCCUGCCGACAGCUCUUCCAGCACAACGUUGCUGACUUCUUGCACUGUGUUUGCUGUCGCCGGCGCCCGUCGGGGACCCCUCUGCACCUCGAAGCACCGUAUGAGCCUGGUGUGAGGCACAGCAUCGUCUGAGGGACAGCCAGCACCCGGCUAUGGACGCAGAGAUGUGCUGGCAGACGUGGCACAGACCAAGCACUGCUGGCCCUUGGUCCCUGCACAUCCCACAGUGCCAUGGGGACAGGAACGUGUGUGUGCCUGCCGCGCACAUGGACACAAAGGACUUUGGGAUGCUCAAACUGCCGCUGCAAGCAGCCGCUGUGCAGUGCACAGCCCUAUAGGUGCCCUGACACCCCAAGCUGCCCGCUGCGGUACACACAGUGACCCUGGGGACACGGGGCCAGCGGGACUGUUUUAAGCAGUAAAGAACCUCUGCUGUG